UGUAUCCUCUUCUAACGUACCACUGGGCAUGGCCUCCCAAACAUUCUCUUUAUGCCUCUUCCCUUGUCAGUUUCAUCUCCCUAGAAAUAUUUUCUUUUAAAUCUGUUCGCGUAACCCCCCCGGUUCAUGAUUCCAGUUGAGAAGAAAGAAAAUGAGGAAAUCCCACAUAGCCCGAGGAUCUGAGGCGAGAAAACAUGGCGAGGACUUCGAGUUUGACCCAGCGUUGGACUUCUCUGAGAUCUUAGAUGAAGCAAGAAGGCACAAAAGUGAGGAAGAAAGUCCUAGAGCUCCAUCGCCAGGAGCAGAUAUCGAUAGGAGGGAAGUCAAGAAGAGCAAGAAAUCGUGGAAGAAUUCUCUCGUCUCCUGGUGGGUGAAAGCACACAAGAAAUUUGAAAAGAAGAGCAAUUCCACACUCAAACCUGUAAGUGGUUCCAGGAGCUCUAAUCCAAUAAGAAAUCACGUCUCCGGUCCAAUAUACAUGAAGAACAGCGGGCCCGGGAAGCCAGGUGAGCGACCCUGCUGCUCGUUCUCAGGCCCUCUGACGGGCCUUUCCAGAUCCUCCUGGGAAAUGGGGUAUGAUAUACCCUACGCAGCUCUUGACCAUAGCGAACCCCACCGUGCAAAGCCAUUUGGUCCAGUCUACUUUGUUACCUAGCAGAUCAUAGCCGUGAGAGGACAGUCGCGCCGUUAUGAUCAGCAUCUAAAAGAUCUUGUAGUGGGCAUGUGAUGGAGUGCUUAAAUGAAAGAACUGAGUAGCUUAAUUGAUUGUCUGGUGCAUUUUGUUUCGAUUAAUUGGUUUUGCUUUUCCCUUCACCGCAUUUGAUAGCU